AUGGCUCUGGAUGCCGAGAGCAAGGAGCUGCUGUUGGAAACGCUGGAAGACCUGGGGGAUGACGACUUCAAGAAGUUCAAGUUUUAUAUGGAUCUGGCUAAGAGAAAAAAAGAAAACGCAGACCGGACUGACAUCGCCGAAGAGCUGGUGAACAGGUACAGCAAGAACGCUGUGGCGGAGACCAUCAGGAUUCUGGAGAAGAUCAAGAACUACGACCUGGCCCUGAAGCUGCGUAACGACUGGGCGCAAAUCACAGGUGUCACCCGUGCGCCCUCAGAUAGCAUCUCCUUAGAGGUCCAGAUGGGCGAAUUCAAGCGGGAGCUGCAAGAGAACCUGCGGGCCAUGUACUGCAAGGCUCCCGAGGGCAACACGGAGCGCAGCCAGCAGGAGGCCCUGGAGAGCGUCUACACCAAUCUCCACAUUAGCCGCGGCGUCACCGGUCACCCCGACAAGCAGCACGAGGUCCUUCAGAUGGAGAUGCGUGGCGAAGACGAGGAGGAGAAGUCCAUCGAGCCGUGCGACAUCUUCAAAAGCGAGAUGCCCCUUCGCACCAUGGUCACCGUGGGCUUCGCGGGCAUCGGGAAGACCUUCCUGGUGCGCAAGUUUGUCCUGGACUGGGCCAACGGGACAGCCAACACAGACGUGGACUUCAUCUUUCCCUUGCCCUUCCGCGAGUUGAACUUGGAGGAAGGGAAAAGCUUUUCGCUGGCAGAGCUCAUCCAGCAAUUCAUAUGCAAAAGCAAGGCGGCCAUCGAGAUGCUGCAAGACAUCUUGGUCAGGAUGCAAGAUUUGGGCAAGCCCACCUACGAAAGUAGCAGCAUCAAGAUUUUGUUUGUACUGGACGGCUUGGACGAGUGCCGCCUCAAACUGGACCUGAGCGACAAGGGCAAGGAGCGCCUGGAUGUGACCCGAGCGUACCCCGUGGAGGUCCUCCUGGCGCAUCUCAUCAAGGGGAACCUGCUUCCCUGCGCCCGGCUUUGGAUCACCACGCGGCCCCAGGCGGCCCGCGACAUCCCGGCGCCCCUGGUGGACGGCAGAACCGAGGUGAAAGGCUUCAGCCGCUCCCAGAGGCUGGACUACUUCAGGAAGAGGUUCCCCAAAGACGAGGACGUCAUAGAGCACAUCCAAAAGUCCCGCAGCAUUUUAAUCAUGUGCCACGUGCCCAUCUUCUGCUGGUUCACCGCCACCCUUCUCCGAGAUUAUCUGCAGCACAAAAAGGAGCUGCCCGAAACCCUGACCGAGAUGUACACAGAGUUCCUCCUCUAUCACCUGGGCAGGUCCGAGGAGCGAGGCGGCCAGAAGCGCACAGAGUACGUCAAAGCGCUGGCCAAGAUGGCUUUUCAGGGUCUCAUCAAAAAGCAACAGAUCUUCUACGAGAGCGACUUGCGGGAAAGCGGCUUGGAUGACCGGCAGGUCGCAAAACACUCGGGAGUCUUCACCGAGAUCUUCGAGGAGGUACCCCCGCUCACGAAAUACCAACGCGGCAAGAUGUUUCAGUUCAUCCACCUGAGCAUCCAGGAAUAUCUGGCCGCUCUCUACGUGAUAAUGAGCCUGUUCCAGGACAACAAGAACGUGGUGGGAGAGCUCCCGUUGCAUUCCGAGCAGAUGCCGCUCGUCCGGGUCCACGAGGCGGCCAUCCGCAAAGCCUCAGAAAGUGAGGGAAACCUGGACUUGUUCCUCCGCUUCUUGGUGGGCCUUUCCUUGCAGUGCAACCAGGAGCUCAUGGGCGAGCUGCUGAAGGCUCCCAAGAACUUCAGCCACAGCAACGCAGAAACGGUCCGCUUGAUCGAGCAACAGAUAGAUAAGAACUCUCCUGAGGAGAACAUCAACUUGUUCUACUGCCUGAAAGAGCUGAAGGACGAGUCCCUGCUGGAGCAGCUCCAAAGGUACUUCAGCGCAUUCCGGUCCAACCCUGAGAACGUACCUCCGGCCAUGUGGUCGGCCCUGGUCUUCUUUUUGCUGACUUCCGACAAAGCCAUGAGCUGCUUUGAACUUGGGACAUACGCUCCGUCCGAGAAGGGGCUCCUGAUGCUGCUGCCGGUGGUCAAGGCUUCUCGAAAAUCAGAGCUCAGUUGCUGCGAGCUGAGCAAGAAAAGCUGCGAGGCGCUGGCCUCCGUUCUAAGCUCGCCCUGCAGCCUGAGGGAGCUGGAUCUCAGCGAGAACGCCUUGGGUGACGACGGGCUUGAGGCGCUCGCCGCCGGACUGGCAAAGCCGCAGUGCGCCUUGCAAGUCCUCAAGCUCUUCAACUGCAAGCUGAGCAAGAAAAGCUGCGAGGCGCUGGCCUCCGUUCUAAGCUCGCCCGGCAGACUGAGGGAGCUGGAUCUCAGCGGCAACAACUUGGGUGACGACGGGCUGGAGGCGCUCGCCGCCGGACUGGCAAAGCCGGAGUGCGCCUUGCAAGUUCUCGAGCUCGAGAACUGCAGGCUGAGCAAGAAAAGCUGCGAGGCGCUGGCCUCCGUUCUAAGCUCUGCCUGCAGCCUGAGGGAUCUGGAUCUCAGCUGGAACGACGUGUAUGACGACGGGCUGGAAGCACUCGCCGCCGGACUGGCAAAGCCGCAGUGCACCUUGCAAGUUCUCAGGUAAGGCUCCCCUCGAGCG